UGCAAAAUUCAAGUUGCAAUUUAACAUGUAUAUAAGUAAAAAAAAUGCCACUAAUUUUGAAUUAAGAGGCAAUAUGACCUUUCUUAUUCCAUUUGACGAUUCAAUUAGCCUUAAUAUCAAUAUGGCCAAAAAAGGAUCAAUCGGUGGUUGGAUUGAUAACGCACAUGUUUACACCUCGACUAAAGCUUGUUCGAAAGUCAAAUCUUUAUUUGGAAGCGCUUGGUAUGCUUGUAUACAAGGAUUUCGUUAUUCUAAUCCAAACUGUCCAAUACAGCCGGGGGCUUAUGUGUCAUCUGGAAUCGACAUUGACAAGGUGUUAAAUACCGAUUUCCCCAAGAGAUUUUAUUACGGGGAAUAUAAAAUGACAACAACGUUUACGCGCAGUAGUAACGGAGAAAAACUUGGUUGCGGUGUUAUGAUUUUAGAUGUUUUACGACCCUGGGAGAGUUAAACGUUAUAAUACUUAUCAAUUAUA